GAGAUGGCAGAUUUCCCAGUCUUCCUGGACUCCUUGAAGCCAGUGUCUCUGCCCAGCAGUCUCGUUUUCCUCACAUACCUCCUCCUCCUCCUCCGGCCUGAGGAGCUGUACUCAGAGGAGGUCAAGGUGGUAGGCCCUGGGGAACCUAUCCUGGCCCUCGUCGGGGAGGAGGUGGAGUUCCCGUGCCACCUGUCGCCGUUCCUGGACGCCGAGCACAUGGAGAUUCGCUGGUUCCGGAGCCGUGCCUCCGACGUGGUCCACCUGUACCGAGAGCGGCAGGAGCUCCCCGGCCUGCAGAUGGCCCAGUUCCAGAACAGAACCAAACUCAUCAAGGAUGACAUCGUGGAUGGCAGCGUGGUCCUGCAGCUUCACAGUGUCGUGCCCUCUGACGAGGGCCUGUUCGGGUGCCGUUUCCUCUCCAGCAACUUCUCUAGUGAAGCUGUCUGGGAGCUGGAGGUAGCAGGGCUGGGCUCGGACCCUCACAUCUCCCUUGAGGGCUUCAAGGAAGGAAGCAUUCAGCUGAGGUGCAGCUCCAGUGGCUGGUACCCCAAACCCAAGGCUCAGUGGAGAGACCAUCAGGGACAGUGCCUGCCUCCAGAGUCCGAAGCCAUCAUCCAGGAUGCCCAGGGCCUGUUCAGUCUGGAAACGUCUGUGGUUGUCAAAGGGGGAGCCCACAGCAAUGUGUCCUUCUCCAUCCACAAUCUCCUCCUGAGCCAGAAGAAAGAGUUGGUGGUCCAGAUAGCAGACGUAUUUUUACCCGGAGCGUCCCCCUGGAAGAGAGCUUUCCUCGGGACGCUGGCGGCCCUGCCGCUGCUCCUGGCCGUCCUGGGCACGCCGGCGCUGUGCUUCCUUCAGAAGCAGCGGAGGUCCCAAGAAAAGCUAAAGCAGCAGGCUGCAAAGAAGCAAGGGAAACUCACAGCAGAGCUGGAGAAGCUUCAAACAGAGCUUGACUGGAGAAGGGCUGAAGGCCAGGCUGAGUGGAGAGCAGCCCAAAAAUAUGCAGUGGACGUGACUCUGGAUCAUGCCUCGGCUCACCCCAGCCUGGAGGUCACGGAGGAUGGCAUGAGUGUGUCCUCCCGCGGGGUGGCGCAGGGCCCCGCGCCCAGUGACCCGCAGCGGUUCUCGGAGCAGAAGUGCGUGCUGAGCCGCGAGCGCUUCUCCGCCGGCCGCCACUACUGGGAGGUGCACGUGGGCUGCCGCAGCCGCUGGUUCCUGGGCGCCUGCCUGGCCGCGGUGCCGCGCACGGGGCCAGCGCGCCUGAGCCCGGCCUGCGGCUACUGGGUGAUGGGGCUGUGGAACGGCUGCGAGUACUUCGUGCUGGACCCGCACCGCGUCGCGCUCACCCUGCGCGUGCCCCCCCGGCGCGUGGGCGUCCUCCUGGACUGCGGUGCCGGAAAGCUGUCCUUCUUCAACGUGUCCGACGGCUCCCACAUCUUCACCUUCACCGACACCUUCCCAGACGCGCUCUGUGCCUAUUUCAGACCCAGAGCCCACGAUGGCAGCGAACACGCAGAUCCCCUGACCAUCUGCCGGCUGCCAGCUAGAGGGACAGCCAUCCCCGAAGAGGAAGACAAUGACACGUGGUUACAGCCUUAUGACCCCUCAGCCCCAGCCCUGGGCCUGUGGUGAGGUGCUCUGGCGACCCUGGGCGGCUCCCGGGAUACCUGUCCAGUGCUUUGCUCUCCUGCUGCCUCUGAAGUGAGCAAGUGCACCGACCAAAAUGUCACCAAAGCGUCAGCAAAGCGC